AUGGGCUCAAAAUUAAAUCUGGAAGCUAGUCCAAAUGAUACUGUGACAUCCAAAGAUUUUGUGAUGACCAUUGCACUUGGAAUCAAAGGGAGCUAUAGUGACAAAAAGCCAGGCUUGCGAGCUAGAAUAGAGGAUAAACAGGAAAAGGAGGAGAAGAAUGAAGAGAAGGAGACAAAAGGGCUGGUGGAGAUAAUAAGCCCAAAUUGUUUUAUCACUAUGCAGCCAACAAUGCUGGAACCAUUCCCAUUCUUUGCUUAUCACUUAAAACCUAGAACUUGGCAUAAGCUUGAGCAAAGCCCCAAGUUCAAGAGCAUUGAAACAAGACUUGAGGAUCCCUCCGACGCACUAUCAAAGAAUAAACGGAAGGAUCCGCGGGCUCAGAAACGAAAGGUGAUUUCGGAAAUGCUUCAUGAGUAUCAGGAAGAACAACCUACUCGAUCCGUGAGCAAAGUCAAUACCUUGCCUCCCUGGGACAAGGCAUCAAGCGAACAUCAAUCAAUUGCUCUUUGCAACCUGCUUUUUACACCUCCACAACUACUCGCCAACUGCUUACACAAUGCCUAUACGAAAGAAUGUACUAGUCAUCACAGAACCAUAUCCCAACAAGCAUAUAAACUCAUGCCAGUGCGAGACUGUCUGGCAUCUAGCAUGCUUAUCGAGGCCGCUACGUGUAGCGAUGUAGGCAAGGCUGUCCUCCAAGAUCUAAUUGAGCUCUAUUUGCAAGAAGAGGGGAAAAUGAGUACGAUUGAUACCCGCCCAAUUCCUAAGGCGAUCCUCUGCUAUCUAAAGAGGGCUUCUACAACUGGCUAUAUACUUCUCCAGAGAGCCAGGCACGGCAGCGCUGGUAGGGACAGAUCUAGUAUGCCGAUGCCCGGCUUUUUAGGCGAGGUAGGCAUUGUCUGGGAAUGCAGUCUAGGCCAGUCUACGACAGCCUAG